UACGGCGGCGCCUCUGAUUGGCAGGACGUUCAGGUCCGGCCCUCGUUUUCUGCCCGGGUUUUGAGGCUUCAGCUAAAAGGCCAUUCAUGAGGUACAGCAUUCCUGCAGAACGGAGGAGACGGAGGAGACACGCACGCACACACACACGCGCACACACACACACACGCGCGCGCGUGAACACACACUCGUGCAGAGAUGACACACUGACACGCAGCGCUCCUCUGAGGCUUCUUCUUCUUCUUCUUCUUGAUUUUGUUUCUGGAGCAGCAAGCUUUAACACACUGCAUCUCUCCUGAAGGACGCUGACCCCUUCACACACCACAGGUGCAAAAACUUCUGCCUUUUUAUUUUUUCUUGCAAGUUUUUGGCCUCUGCUACACACCACACACACCGACACACAAAUACACACACUCCAUCCACUGUAGGUGCAACUUCUUCUUUUUUUUUUAUUUUCACCUUCAGUUUGUUUCCAGUUUGACACCCACUGGUUCUUUCUAGCUUUUUGUUUCUUUCUUCUUCUUUUUUUUAUUUUAUUUUAUUAAUACUCCCAAAAAUUUUUUGGCUUUGGGAUCUGCCCGGUUAAAGCGUUGGAUCCGUCAGCGUACUGCGAUCCUCCUCCGGUGUUCGGCCCGGACCUCUGCCCCAACAUGAUCGCUGCUCAGGCGAAGCUGGUCUACCAGCUCAACAAAUACUACAACGAGCGGUGCCAGGCACGCAAGGCGGCCAUCGCCAAGACCAUCCGCGAGGUGUGUAAGGUCGUAUCGGACGUCCUGAAGGAGGUGGAGGUACAGGAGCCGCGAUUCAUCAGCUCUCUGAGUGAGAUCGACGCACGCUACGAGGGCCUCGAGGUGAUCUCGCCUCAUGAGUUCGAGGUCGUGCUCUACCUCAACCAGAUGGGCGUCUUUAAUUUUGUGGACGAUGGCUCGUUGCCAGGCUGCGCCGUCCUGAAGCUCAGCGACGGCCGCAAGCGCAGCAUGUCGCUCUGGGUCGAGUUCAUAACCGCCUCGGGGUAUCUGUCAGCGCGAAAGAUUCGCUCGAGAUUCCAAACUCUGGUGGCGCAGGCGGUGGACAAGUGCAGCUACCGCGACUCGGUCAAGAUGGUGGCCGACACGAGCGAGGUGAAGCUGCGGAUUCGAGAGCGUUACGUAGUACAGAUCACUCCGGCCUUCAAGUGCACCGGGAUCUGGCCCCGCAGUGCCGCUCAGUGGCCUCCACCACACAUCCCCUGGCCUGGACCGAACCGGGUCGCCGAGGUCAAAGCUGAAGGAUUUAAUCUGCUCUCGAAAGAAUGCUACACAUUAGCGGGGAAGCAAAGCUCGGCCGAGAGCGACGCCUGGGUGCUGCAGUUUGCAGAGGCAGAGAACCGGCUGCUGAUGUCCGGCUGCAGGAAGAAAUGCCUCUCGAUUUUAAAAACGCUCCGCGACAGGCACUUGGAGCUGCCGGGCCAGCCGCUCAACGGCUACCACAUGAAGACGCUGCUGCUGUACGAGUGCGAGAAGCACCCGCGCGAGAGCGACUGGGACGAGGCGAGCCUCGGCGAUCGCAUCAACGGCGUCCUGCUGCAGCUCGUCUCCUGUCUGCAGUGCCGCCGGUGUCCUCACUACUUCCUCCCCAACCUUGAUUUAUUUCAGGGCAAAGCGACAUCAGCCCUCGAGGCGGCUGCCAAGCAGACCUGGAGACUCGCGAGGGAGAUCCUGACCAACGCUAAGAGCCUGGACAAACUCUGAACUCUAAAAAUAAAUGAACUCAAUUAAAUCGAAACAAAAGACUUUGAGAACGGCGAAAAAAAAGAGAUCUGCAACCACGCCUGGACAAACUCAACCAACAAACAAGACCUGGAGACUCACAAGAGAAAUUCUGAGCGGUGACAAAAGCCAGGACCGACUCGAAUAAACAAAAAACAUGCAGAGUCACCAAACUCGAACAAUUUACAAAGACACAAACAGAAAAAAAGAGAGACUCAUGAGCAACUCUAAGAGCCUGAACAAACUCUGGCAGUAAAAGAAAACAAGGUCUGGAGAAAUCUGCACCAACCUGGGAAAAGUUUAAACUUAAAAAAAAAAAAAAGUGGAGACAAACUGAAGUGU